UGGAAAGAGUUUUCGUAUUAUAAUAGUUUAUAAACACAGUCUGUACAACAUUAUUAUAAUGUUCUGUUUAUAAAAGAGUUUUUUUUUGUCCCCAUAAUGUUUGAUCAUCGUAACUAUCUGAGUUAGAAUCAGAACUCGAAAUGUUUAUUUUCGAAACAAAAUGAACGAAAAAUGCAAAAUGAUAAUUUGCGUGUGGGCACAGAUUGCAAAACAUCGUCCAAAACAAAUGCCAUAACAGGAGGAAGGAGAAGGAACAUCAUCUCCCAUGGACCUUGGCUAUACACAGACAGCAUCCAUACCAACUCCUCUUCCUCAUACAUACCCGGAUGAAUCGAAGUCUGUAACGGCACAGGUAGCAAACCCAGACUGUGGGGUGGACUCGGAAAGGCCCAUGUCUGAGUCAGAGCCACCACCUCAGAUACUAUGGGAAUCACACCCUGCACAGACGGUGUCUAUUUCACCACUUCCUAACAUAGACCCGGAGGAAUCAGAGUCAGUUCUGAAGCUGGAGACAGCCCCAUGCCCCGAGGUGGACCCCGAAAACACAAACUCUGACUCAGUUCCAUGUCAGACACAAGAGGAAUUCGACUCGGCACAGAAACCAUCAGAGCAGCGAGAUCCAGUCCCAGGUUUGAUCCUGCUGACCGAUCUCUCCUUUCCAACUGUGUCAGAGACAGCACUGUGUCUAGGACCAGAACUAGACCCAUAUGACAUGAGGGGCUCUGAGGAUCCCAUAUCUGCUUCAGAACCACUUCAGAUAGACGUGGAACCAGACCCUGAGUUGGCGUCUAUGCCCAGGCCUACUCCUCAUCUUCACAUAGAUUCCAGAGAGCUAGAGGCUACGCCGAAGCUGGGGCCAGACCCAAGCCCUGACACAGACUCAGAAAACCCAAGAUCUACAACAGAGACACCGCCUGAGCUCCAAGCGGAGCCCGACCCAGCCGAGAUACCUUCAGAGCAGCCGGCCACAGCAUUGACCUCUAUGUCUGAAUCGGAGGUUGACCUGGCCUCUCCAGCUGUAUCAUGUUCAGUGUCAUGUGUUGGACAACCAGACUUGUGCAAUGGGAUGCGAUCUGAAAAUCCCAUGCCUGCCUCAGAGCCACUUCAGAUAGAGAUAGAAAAAUGUCCUGAUCUGGUUCAGAUACAGGCUAAUGAUCCUCUACCUCACCUAGACUCCCAGGAAUUUGAGCCGGUGCCACCUCAUCAAUCCGACCCAGCACAGACAGGCCUACAGCCAGAACAGCCAGCCCCAGUCUCACUGACUGUCAAGACUGAGCCCGGUCUCUCUUCUCUGGCUAUAUUGUAUCCAGCAGCAUACAUCAGACAAGAACCAGGUGUAGAGACUCUGCAGUCUGACUCACAGGGGAGGGACAGAAUCCUUGAAAGUUCCCACCUGCGAUGUCUCCAACCACAGACUCAGUCUCUCCCAUACUUUCCACCCAUACAAUCACCAACAUAUUCACCCAUGCGGCCUCAGCAGUCUCCAUCCAUAUCGAAUGGCCCUUGUCCGAUGAUCUGUCACUCAAUCCUUAUCCCUAGCUGCCCUCCCCUGGAUCUCCCAUCAGACUUUCCUUCAUAUCACCCCCAGAUGAACCAUAACGGCCCUCAACCAGGCCCUAAUCACCCCUCACUGACCCCUCAACCGAGGACUAAUUUCCUCUCACUGGCCCCCCAUCUACGCCCGAACCACCUCCAACCACCACCGGACUUCCAGCUCGGCCCAGGCCUACCCGGUCAUCUCCCUGGGAUGGCUGGUUCCAUCGCUGGUUCCAUCCCUGGUUCCAUCCCUGGUUCUAUCCCCAGCCAGCCCCAGGCCUGGUGUCGCAGCGAGGGCUCCUCCUCCCGGGGGAUGUUCGAGAACUACAGGUGGUGGCAGAACCUCCGAGACAUAGCCAGCAAAAUCUACCCCGACAGUGGACCUGACGCAGAGGCCCUGGCCUGCUUCUUCAUUCCAGUGAUUCGUUCCCUCUGUCUCCAGUACCCCUCGCUCCUCUUCACCCAGGGCAUCAGUAUAGCGGUGGGAGAAUGGGGGAAGCUCUCUAACUACGACCGUAUGGAGUACUAUCACUUGGCCCAGAAAUUCGUGGAGCUUGAGGUGGAGGAGGUGACAGCUAAGGAAAGGUCAAAGGUCAUACAAAGGUCACCGUCAGGUCAGAGUGGAGCCCAGGCUGAGUUGAAAGGUUACACGGGGAAGAGCAGUGCCACCACGUCAGCCAAAGGGACAGAAACCAAAUGCAACACAAGAGUUAACCAAGCCAAAGACAAAGCUCAGAGGGCCGCUAAGAGUGGCAGUGGUCCUAGAGUGUCCCGUGGUCGCCGACUAGGGAAAGUGGACAUCAAGGUCCUGGAGGAACGUGCCCUCGGGGAGUACACGGCAGCCAUGGAGGCCCUCCUUAUUGACCCCACCGGGGUCAGGGAGAGGUUAGAGGUCAGAAAUCAAGAGGAAGAGGGGGAUGAGAAGAAGAAUGAUGAGGAAGAGGAGGGAGGAGGAGAUGGGGAAGGCUCGUUCACAGAGUACCUAAAUGAGCUGUGCAGUCAGAAGGAGUUUGUCACUAAGGUCGGAGCAGUGCUGGAUUUGCAGUACCUGUCUUCUCUCCUCACCUCAGACCCCAAUACCAUCGACCUCCGAGCACAGGAGGAGGCACAGGUGGAUCAGGAGAUGCCAGAUGUACCUGCCAGUGUUACUUGCAGUGACCCAGAGGACUACGCUACCCACACUGCAUCUGAAGUCUGUACUGCACAACAACAGGCCCCGUCACUCACAGAACACAGAGAAGCUCUGAGCCCACCUAUGACAUCAUAUGAAUUACAAUUCGAGAGGCACUGCAGGUCUAUGUCCACCAGUAUUCAUCGUAAGAGCCGUUCAACUUCAAACUACGAUAACCACAAUGCACCUGACCACGGGCCUCCAUUGUUCAUACAGACCCAGGACGGUUGUACUGUUAGUUACCUCAUCCCUCCUACCCCUUCACCGUCUGGAACUUUCCAACUGGCAACCUCACAGGACGGCAUGUUCCAGCUUCAAGGUCCCUGCCCUCCUCCUCAACCUGGGAACAACUACUCCCACAAUGCACCAUUCCCAAUGCCCACACCACACCUCCGAGCCUUCCCUCUGCCACCUCUACCUGUUAGUCACAAAAAUGACAACUACCACAACGCACCACCACCGCAAGGGUUUUUCGUCCUACCGGAAAACUAUUCCACACUCCCUACACCUAUGGCAGGCCAGGAUGCAUUUCAGAUGUGUCCUCCACAACGUUCCAGGCACUUUGUGUUCAGUGAGGACAGCCCUGAGGGUGGACCCUUCAUGUUUAUUCCUAUGGGAGAUUAUGUCCCCCACAAUGCACCACUUCCGAUGAUGAUGAACUUCCCCUCCCCAUUUCCUUUCUCUGAACAUCAAAUCCUGAGUUAUACUCCUAGUAACCAGACUUCCCAACAGACACAGUAUCAUUAUCCAAACAAUACUAUUGCUGUGACUGAUGUCUACUAUCCCCCAGGAGCUUUGCCUGUAGAAAAUGAAAACAAUCAGAAUCUUUAUAUAACAACUGGGCCUAAUACAGCCUAUGAAGCUAUAUUGUCACAUGGUCAUAGCUCGUCAAUAGAACUACCCGCCGCCAUCUUGCCUGUUGUGGGCAGCAGUGGUCAAUAUAGAACAGGACAUUCAGCCUCAAACUUUGUGGUUCAGGAAUCAAAAGACCCACUCUCAAUCACUUCAGUCCUUGACCUCCAGGGCGGUCCUCUGCAAGGGGAUCUUCUAGCCUCCGAGCCCACCACAUCCUCAACCACGUCUGGGGUACUCAACAACCUGCACCGGAUUAAGUCCGAUCAACAGAACUACAACCAGUCAGGUCAACAAAACUACAACCCCCGGAACGAGGCAAACUUGUCUGUCCCCUUAAAUACGAGUAAAGAUGGGUCAACCUUCACGAUCCUGCCGCAGGAAAGAGAGGAAGAUGGAGUGAUGGAGGGAAUGAGUGAAGAAGAAGAGGACUCGGGCGACUCCACCGCGGGGAAAGUGGGAGAUGUGCCGAAACAGGAGGAUCUGGAAGAAAAGAAAGAAGAGGAGGGAGGGAGAGAAGAAGGAGUAGUACUAUCACCCAUCCAGACAUAUCCUUUCCCCUCACCUCCUCCUGUCUCUAGUCUAGGCCCGCCUACUCCGAUUGCAUCCCCCGGCCCUUUCCCUCUGGCGGCUUAUCACGGGGGCAGGAGGAUGUUGACGGAAAACCCACCAUUCCACCCCCCUAACCUGAGACUCCUAGCCAUGGCUGCACUCAUCCACUCUGUCUCUUCAACGCCCCCGGAGGGCCAAGGAGACGACAACAAGGACGAGGGUCAACUGAACUGGAAGCCCCAGGAUCCUCGCCCCUUUCAGCUGUCUCACCCUGCCCGGGACAGGGACAGGGUCACCCCCCCUUUAGGCCAUGGGGAUGGGGAUACCCCCUGCACCGUACCCAUCCAGUCCUUCAUCAUGGCUGUCUCCUGCUCCACCCCCAGAGGCGACCCCUUCCUGGAUGCUCACCUGACAGGCUGGGUUAGGGACACCCCGAACCCGGCAGGUGAGGGAGAUCCAGAGCCUCUACCUCUAUGGGCUACUGCCUCUCUCUCAGACCCCACAGAGGAGCCUCAAAUUGGGGAAGGGAGUCUGGAACACAGGCCUCAGCUGGAGGAAGGUCCUAGACUGGAUGUGACUGGGAGAGGAAUGGAGGUGGAGGCAGCUGACAAUGGAGGUGAGGAGGAAUGGAGGGUGAUAGACACUUCGUCAUUCGACGGGCCCAACACUGUAACAUCUGAUAGUUUCAAUGCUAAAAUGUUAGACUGUGUGAAUAGUUCAGCUUCAGAUGGCAACAAAGCUGAAGCUUCAGACAUGCGUAUCAGUUCUCAAGCUUCAGACAUGCGUGUCAGUUCUCAAGCUUCAGACAUGCGUAUCAGUUCUCAAGCUUCAGAAAUGAGUAUCAGUCCUCAAGCUUCAGACAUGCGUAUCAGUUCUCAAGCUUCAGACAUGCGUGUCAGUUCUCAAGCUUCAGACAUGCGUAUCAGUUCUCAAGCUUCAGACAUGCGUAUCAGUUCUCAAGCUUCAGACAUGCGUGUCAGUUCUCAAGCUUCAGACAUGCGUAUCAGUUCUCAAGCUUCAGACAUGCGUAUCGGUUCUCAAGCUUCAGACAUGAGUAUCAGUCCUCAAGCUUCAGACAUGCGUAUCAGUUCUCAAGCUUCAGACAUGCGUAUCAGUCCUCAAGCUUCAGACAUGCGUAUCAGUUCUCAAGCUUCAGACAUGCAUGUCAGUCCUCAAGCUUCAGACAUGCAUGUCAGUCCUCAAGCUUCAGACAUACAUGUCAGUUCUCAAGCUUCAGACAUGCGUAUCAGUUCUCAAGCUUCAGACAUGCGUAUCAGUCCUCAAGCUUCAGACAUGCGUAUCAGUUCUCAAGCUUCAGACAUGCAUGUCAGUUCUCAAGCUUCAGACAUGCAUGUCAGUUCUCAAGCUUCAGACAUGCGUAUCAGUCCUCAAGCUUCAGACAUGCGUAUCAGUCCUCAAGCUUCAGACAUGCGUAUCAGUUCUCAAGCUUCAGACAUGCAUGUCAGUCCUCAAGCUUCAGACAUGCAUGUAAGUCCUCAAGCUUCAGACAUGCAUGUCAGUCCUCAAGCUUCAGACAUGCGUAUCAGUUCUCAAGCUUCAGACAUGCAUGUCAGUCCUCAAGCUUCAGACAUGCAUGUCAGUCCUCAAGCUUCAGACAUGCAUGUAAGUCCUCAAGCUUCAGACAUGCAUGUCAGUCCUCAAGCUUCAGACAUGCAUGUAAGUCCUCAAGCUUCAGACAUGCAUGUCAGUUCUCAAGCUUCAGACAUGCAUGUAAGUCCUCAAGCUUCAGACAUGCAUGUAAGUCCUCAAGCUUCAGACAUGCAUGUCAGUUCUCAAGCUUCAGGAAUGGACCGUGCCAACGUUAAAGCAUUAAAUAUUAUUGAUCUUAAGGUGACAAAUGUGUCUGAAACAAAUCCUCCAGACAAUGUCAACACUCAGGCAACUAACAGUGCAAUUGUUCAAGCAACAGACACAACCAUCACUGAAGAACCUUGCGUUACUAACUCUGGAAGUUCAGCCACUGUCAACGAAAAGCUUACAGACGUGAUCACAGCCACCGAAGCCUCUGGUAUCACUGAGUCAUGUAGUUCAGCUGGUGGCAACAAACCAUCGCCAGACUCUCCUGCUAUUGACUGUGUGAAAGAGUUCGCUGACCUCAGUACAGUUCCUAUUAUCACUCAGGUGGACUCAGACAUAGAGAGCUCACCGCCAUCCAUAAGCAGCAGAGAUCCUGGAUCAACCCUACUGUCAGACUGUAUGAGUGAGACAGUUGAAGAAGCCUAUCCUAGAAUGGAGGAAACAUGGAACCAGCCUAUAGAAGGGGUGAACUUGGAUGAGUCUAUGUCCGAUAGUCAGGCUUCCAUACCUGGGCUGCUCCACCCUCACUCUGCCUGGGAUGAGUCCACUCCACUCCCCCUGUGUCUGGAGGCUACAGGGGUCAACAGCGACCAGCUCCAGUCAUACAUGCCCAGGGACAGCACAAGGGAGAUGGCCAACAUCUCUACCGCACACACCCUCCUCACCCUGGGGCAGGUUGAGGUGGACCACUCCCUCACCCCAGCGUCUCGUGGAAGUACAGAGGGACAGAUGGAGAGUGAUGGAGAAAGAGAAGACGGGGUGGAGACAGGAGAGGAGGCAGAGAUGGAGGUAAAAGAGAUGAAGCAGCAGAAGAGAGACACUGAGUCGGAGGUAGAGACCACCCAAACCGGUCAACAGGCAGAUGCAGAUAGAGGGAAUACAGAGAGGAGAGAAAGAGAAGAAGAUGAAGAGAGAAUGAAGGAGAGGAACGAGAUCGUUGGAAGACUUGAAGAGCCGUCAAAGGCGAAUCCAAGCAGAAACAGCAAGAGGUCAACUAGACAUCAGAAACAGAGAGAUAGUAGACGGAGGAAGGACACCAUGAAAACAGAAGAGGGGAAGAAAGAAAUAGAAAAUGAAAAGGAGGUAGUAAAGAAAACUGAGAAAAUAGAAAUGAGGGAAGUAGCAGUUAGAGAAGAAGAAGAGGGGGAAGUAAUAACAACCGAAAACAAGAUGGAAGAGAAAACAGAGAAAAAGAAACAGAGACCGUCAAGGAAAGGACGAGAGAGACAAGCUGUGAAUAGAGAACAGGCUGAAGAGAAAGAACAGAGGAGUGACAGAGCGGUGCAGACGGAGUUCAAGGCUGCUACUGCUCCUAAUAUUAACACUGAUAAAGUGAAGGUGACACUGAAAGAGCCUCAACAGCGUCAAGGCCAGAAAACGGAGGCAGACAGAGAGACGUUGAAACAACGGGACGAGGCAAAGGAUAAGACACAAAAGCCAAGUACCAUGACAGGACCUAUGAUAAGAGCAAGGAGGAGUAGCAAAGCUGCAGAGAAGGGGAAAGAGGAGUCGUCGAAAAGGGCGAAGAAAGAGACAGAGAAAGAGGAUGAGGCAAAAAGGACAGAAAAGCCCCAUUUUAUCCCAAGUCCUAUGAUAACCACAAGAAGGAAGAGCAGAGCAGCAGAGAAGGAGAAGCCCAAACCAGGAAACACAAUGAAUAAAGUGACAUCUGUAGAGAUGGAUGAAGAAGAGGGCGAGGGAAAAGAGAAAAGAUCUGAAAGGCCCAGAACUCUAACUCCUGUGACAAGAAAGCAAAGAAAAGAUGCAGAAGGGAAAAAAGAAGGGAAGCCAAACACAAAGAAAGAGACAGGUGGCGAGACAGAGAAACAAAGGGAUGAGGUAGAGGAGAGGACUGAAUACCCCUGUCCCAUGACUAGUACUGCGACAAGCCGUAUGAUCACAACUAGAGGGAACUGGAGAGCUGAAGAGUGUAAGAAAGAACAGAAUCCGCACACAGCUCAAAAAGAGGCCUUGGCUACUACCCCUAAUAUCUACACUGAUAAAGAGAGGGAAGAGGGAGGGAGAGAAGAGAGGGAGGACGUACCAACCUCAGGGAAGGUGACGUGGAGAGAGCUCAGUCCUAUGACAAGAAGGAAAUGGGGAAAGAACGACGUGGAAAGGAAAGACAAGAAGGAGCCGAGCACAGCAAAUAUGGAGAUAGAUGGAGAGAUGGGGGAAAAGGAGAGAGAGACGAUUGAGAAGCCUAGUCUUAGACGUCCUGUGACUAGAGCAAGAAGGAAGGAUGUAGAGGGAAAGAAAGAGGAUAAACCAAAACCAGCAGAGAAAGAGACAGGAAAACAAGGGAACGAGACAAAGGAGGAGAGGACUGAAAAGUCUUCUCCUAUUCCAAGUCCCAUGGCAAGAACGAGGCAUGAUAAAGCCGUAAUGGGCAGGAAGGAGCAGAAGGAAGAGUUCGCAAACACUGCAGAGGAGGAGAUGGGGAAACAAGGGGACAAGGUGGAAGAGCAAGUGACAGAAAAUCUGAAAAGUAAAACUAUCGAGGGGGAAGGGACUAUCGAGAAUGAUGCAUUCGUAACCAACAGGGGUCUAAACCGUAAAGGAAUGAAAAGGAAGGCGGGAGAGAGUGGGGAUAUGGGAGGGAAGAAGGAAAGACAAGUAGUGGUUCAAUCUGAAGAAGGGAGCCAUUUAGGUCUAACGGAGGAAUCCACCUCCUCCUCCAAAGGAAAGAUAGAGAAGGUAGAAACCGAUGCUAAGAUAACAGGAAACAGAGGGACAACAGAAAACAAAAUAGAGCUAAAGACCAUUCCAGCAUCCAGAACCAAACACAGUGAAGGGAAAAGGGAGAUAGAAACAGUUCUGUCCCCUGUAACUGAACGGAGGACAGGAAAAACAGAGGGAGGAAAAAGAAAUGGAGAGACCAUUCAUCCUCCCAUCCCAGACAAGCUCAGUAAAGUGGAGGAGGAUGAACCAACACAGGCAGAGGGUCACACAUCUGACGAGGAGAGAGAGAAAGUGGAACCCAAGAGAAAGCCAGAGAUGGACAGAGCGAGAGAGAGAUGGAGCCAGAGAGUGGGUAAAAGACAGAGACUGAAUGAGAAGAUAGAGAAAGUGGAACCCGAGAGAAAGCCAGAGAUGGACAGAGCGAGAGAGAGAUGGAGUCAGAGAGUGGGUAAAAGACAGAGACUGAGUGAGAAGAGAGAGAAAGUGGAACCCGAGAGAAAGCCAGAGAUGGACAGAGCGAGAGAGAGAUGGAGCCAGAGAGUGGGUAAAAGACAGAGACUGAGUGACAAGAGAGAGAUGGAGCCAGAGAGUGGGUAA